AUGAUAGAUUGGGAGCUCAUCCGGUAUGCUACUAAUACGGAUAAUAAGCCUACUCCUGGUUAUGCCUUCAAUGAUCUCAUUACCAACAUCAGAGAGAAUCCCCAAGGGGUCCCUGAUGUGGCGGCCUACUUGGCUGAGUGUGUAGCUGGUGAUCACGCUCAU